AUGUCGAUGGACGACUACCAAGACCAGGAACGUAUGAUCAACGACCCCCAGGCUGCAAACACGUUUCCUCCACCAUCGUCCGCAGGCACAGGCAAAACCGAGACCAACGGCACCGCUGCUGCCGCUGGGCUACAGAACGGUACGGAAUCCAUACAUAGCGCGGCGCCACUGAGCAGGCCGGAAUCGGGACAUGCCGCGGUCGCUCUCGACCAGUCGGCCGUGCGGCGAAGAACAACGGCGAAAACCGAGUCCGGGAGCGCGCCGGCUGGCGACGGGGCGGUGGAGGAUCUGGAGAUGCUGGGCGAGAAGGAGGAUAAACAGCAGUAUACGUUUGUGGGACAGUUGAAGGCGACGUUGCUGAAUUCAUGGAUUAAUGUGCUGCUGCUGGCUGCGCCGGCUGGAAUUAUCCUGCACUAUCUGCAGGUUGAUGCCAUUGUGGUGUUCGUGGUUAAUUUUAUUGCGAUCAUACCGCUUGCAGGUAUGCUGGGCUAUGCCACAGAAGAAAUAGCCCUGAGAACGGGAGAGACCCUCGGUGGCUUGUUGAAUGCCACCUUCGGCAACGCAGUAGAAUUGAUCGUCUCGAUUCUAGCACUGUUCAAAGAUGAGUUCGUCAUUGUGCAGACAUCCCUCAUUGGGAGCAUGUUGUCGAAUCUGCUGCUGGUGAUGGGCAUGGCCUUUUUCUGCGGCGGAGUCAACCGCCUGGAGCAGAAUUUCAACGUCACCGUCGCGCAGACCGCAGCCAGCUUGCUGGUGUUGGCGGUUGGGAGUCUCAUUAUCCCUACGGCGUUUCAUGCAUGGUCAAAUGCUGGAGAAAAGGGAAUUGCCCCUUUAUCACGAGGAACCAGCAUCAUCCUGCUCGUCGUGUACGGCUGCUACCUCUUCUUCCAGCUCAAGUCGCACACAGAGAUGUACAACAAGCCCAGCGAGAAAGUCGAAAAGCGGCGCGGCAAGGUCGAGGACGGCGAUGCGCUCAAGGGCCUCGCGCAGAUCGGCGCCGGCAUGUCGGCGAGCAUGGGCGGCCACAACGCGCAGCGCAUGCCGGUGCAUGCUCCAGUGGAGGAUGAGCAAGAGGAGCCGCAGCUGCAUCUUUUCGUGGCGCUGUUCACGCUGGCGGCGUCCACGGCGCUAGUGGGCGUGUGCGCCGAGGGUCUGGUCUCGUCCAUCGACGCGAUCACCACGCGAGGGCAUAUAUCCGAGACGUUUGUCGGGCUGAUUCUGCUGCCGAUCAUCGGCAACGCGGCGGAGCACGCCACGGCGGUCACGGUGGCCAUCAAGGACAAGAUGGACCUGUCCAUCGGCGUGGCAGUCGGGUCGACCAUGCAGAUUGCGCUGCUUGUUCUCCCGCUGCUGGUGGUGAUUGGGUGGAUCGCAGGUGGUGACCUUGCAGGCAAGGAUCAGAUGACGUUGUAUUUCGACGGAUUCCAAAUUGCAGUGCUCUUCGUAGCCGUGCUCCUGGUCAACUACCUCAUCCAGGACGGCAAAUCGCACUGGCUGGAAGGCGUACUGCUCAUGACGCUGUACCUCAUCAUCUCCGUGGCUGCAUGGUUCUACCCUGCUAAAUCCAAGCCCGUCGGGGCGUAA